AUGAAAUUUGAAAGGUCCAUCAAUGUCGUCGGCUGCCAUUGCGCUGGCGAGGUUUGCGAUGUAAUCGUCGGAGGUGUCUUGAAUCCUUCAGGAUGCAACACUAUGUACGAGAAGCUUGCUCAUUUCCGAGACAAAGAAGAUCAUAUUCGCCAGCUUCUUAUGCAAGAGCCCCGCGGGCGCGCUGCAAUGUGUCUGAAUCUUGUUCUACCUGCUUGCGACCCCAGAGCAGAUGUUGGGUUCUUGAUUAUGGAAAGUGAUGAGUACCCGCCAAUGUCCGGGGGCAACACUAUCGCCACGGCCACGGUUCUUCUUGAAACAGGAAUGGUCAAGAUGAAUGAGCCUGUUACCGAGAUGGUCUUGGAAACACCCGCAGGACUAGUUUCCAUUACCGCGGACUGCGAGGACGGGAAGUGCAAGGCUGUCGCAUUUGAUAACGUCCCUUCGUUUGUCUUUGCUCUGGAUUACAAAGUCCAAGUCCCCGGACUAGGAACUGUGUCUGUCGAUAUCGCAUGGGGAGGAAUGAUAUACGCAAUCGUCGACGCGACCUCGCUCGGAAUCCGCAUCAACAACCAGAACGGUCCGAAGCUGAUUGAAUAUGGAGAGCGAAUCAAACAUGCCCUUCAACAAGCCUCUUUCAUUCCCGUUCAUCCCGAGAACGAAAGUAUCAAAGGGGUCAGCAUUCUUGAAUUCACGGAACCCCUCCAGCGGGAUACAAUGGAGGCCGUGAAUACAGUUGUGGUUUCUCCAGGGAGAUUUGAUCGAUGUCCGUGUGGCACAGGUAGCAGCGCAAGGAUGGCAGUGCUUCAUGCUCGUGGCCAGCUCGGGGUUGGUGAGAAAUUCACCCAUCGAAGCAUCAUUGGAAGUACCUUUGAGUGCCACAUCCGUGGGACACAAAAGUUCGGAGAGUAUGACGCUGUCUUGCCAACUGUUAAAGGAAGCGCUUGGAUCAAUUCAUUCAAACAGAUGGUGUUGGACGCAAGUGAUCCUUGGCCAGUGGGAUUCAGGGUCGGAGAUCAAUGGCAUGUUGGACAGGAGAAAUGA